AUGUCGGAUGCUGAUCUAAAAAGGUCACUAGGAGAUCUGCAAGAAAGCAACCAAGUUCUGGCUUUGGCAGUCCAAAGGACAAGGCUUGCCGUCAAGCGAUUACGUCUCGAAUACGGCACUUUACUGGAGAGACUAGAAAGCCGAAUUGAUAAAGACCCCGAGCUGUGUUACGAGGACCCUCUUCCAUCUCUGGAAAGCUUUAAGUCUCAGAUAUUAGAGGAUGCCCCAAAGUCAAGAACUAAGAAGAAGAAGGGCAAAGAGAGGGAUCCAAAUCUUCCCAAACGCCCAACCAACGCUUACCUUCUAUUCUGUGAAAUGAACAAAGAAAAAAUGAAACAAAGCUCAGGCGCAAACGACGUGUCCAAAGCUCUCACAGAUGCAUGGAAAGGUUUAGAUGAAAAUGCCAGAAGACCAUAUUACGAUUUAUAUAAUGAGGACCGCGACCGCUAUCAAAGAGAAAUGCAAGCAUAUGCACAAAGUAAGACAGAAGAUCGAAAGCCGUUGAAGAAAGGAGAGGAAGAAGAUGAAGACGAAAUCGAAGAAGAUGAUGAUACGGACGAAACUCAACCGGACGUAGAUGCAACGACAGACUUGCCCACAAGCGAGGCUUGA